AUGGGACGUACUAAAGUGACUGUAAAUGCACUGAAAGAGAAAAAUAAGUCAGAGAGGGAACAAGUGUGUAAUCAGGAUGUUGAGACCUAUGUGAAAACCUCCUGUCAUGUAUCUUUGCAGGCUUCUUCAUUAACAAGUGUAAGUGUGUCUCUUGUCCCGAUGGCAAGUACUUGUACAUGCAGAACGGCCUUCCGAAGUGUGACCAGUGCACCGAAGCCUGCUCAGGUAACUUUUACAGUUAGGCAUUAUAUUGUGUUCUUUCAUUCCUCAACACUAAACGUCAUACCCAUAAUUUAUUAUUUACCUCAAGGAAAUCCAGUAGGUAUAUUGGUAACAAUAGUUUAAUAUAAAAUGCCAUCAUUAUUUUACAUUAGUUGAAUAAAGGACAAACAUAUUGAGAGCAAAUGUCUCAUAGAUAGUUUGUGUGUCUUUGUUUGUGGGCAAAGUUGAUCAGCACUUGACACAGGUGAAGGAAUGCGGCCGGGACUCAAACCGUGAGUGCCACUGUGACAGUGGCUUUUUCUGUGCCAACACUGCCCAGUAUACCUGCAGGAAGUGUAAGCCGUGCCCAGCCGGCACUUUCUCCAUCAAACCAAACCUAACCAUGUCCUGCAAACCCCACACAGAGUAAGUCCACAGCUAUACAGCACUGGUGCUGAGCACUGUACUGAUUCAGACAUUGUCUGCCUGCCAUAAAGACUUUACCUAUGACGCUGUAGCUCCCUCUACUGGAUGUAUGUACACAAGGCCUACUUUUACAGUAAAUUAAGUUAUUAUUAUUACUACUAGGAUCCAACACUGUACUUUCUCAUUUAGAUUAACCACCUCACAAGUUCUCUCCUGGCUUCUCUCCAGUUGUGACCAUAAGGGAAUGACCAUGGAGACAGAGGGCACUGCCUCUCAGGAUCGUGUGUGUAAACAGACCUCCCCUAACUCUCCUACAACCACUGCACUUCCAACUGUCCACAGCUCAAAGAUAGGCUUUCAUUCUUCUACCUCCAGUGGAGUCGGCACCACCCGAAGACCCCUCAUCAUAGCAUUCCCAUUUAGACUGGUGGGGUCUACAUCUCCUGAUGGUAUGGCUCUUAUGAGAGCUUUCUCUCACUUGAGUGAAUCAAAGCAUUUCCUGCUCUGUCCACUGGAGCACUUUAACAUGCUUCACCAGUCCAGCACUAGAGGUUGCAUUGUCCUGUGAUGUUAUCUUGCCAUUUAAUCACACUCAUUCUCUGUUUUUCCAGCCUUUCCCUUAGCCACAAUUGACACAUCUGCAGACCCUUCACCAGCCUUACUCACCAGGUCUUCUCUGUCCCAAGCCCAGAGUGAGCCCUCUACCUCCCCCCCAACUGGGAAACAGGUCACUGAACACAGCUCCUCUGACCUCAACACAAAGCUCACCACCAGGAGAAACCCCAGCAAGGUGGACAGUAACACCUCACCUGCAGAGUCUGCCUCUGCACCUCCUCUUACCACAGAAGACAAUGGUAUGGUUCUCAGAAGACUAGAGUAUCCCAUCUCUCCAUUUAUACUAGAUUAUUCAUUAUUUCAGAAAUACAUUUGUAGUUAGUGUAGGCCCUAAAGCAUCUGUAAUAUUCAGUAAAAGUAACAUAACACUGACAGGUUCAGCUUCCUGCUCCUGACUCUCUACCUCUCCAUAACACUGAUACAGUAGUAUUUUUUCUCUGCUCACCCCAUCUCCCAGCCACAGAUACUGGACCGAGCUCUCCCAAUCUACCUUGGCAGCUGCUGAUAGGUGGGCUACUAGGGGUUGUCCUGCUGCUGGUUGGUUACUUUGUGCAUUGUAGGGGGAGGUCACUGGAGUCCAUGCACAAGUGGAAAGGUGAGUGAGUAAAGUGGUUAGAUAACACAAACACAUUAUGCAGUGAUGCAUCAGAUUAUAUGCCACAUUUCCCUUUCUAUAUAAGACACAGUAAAUAAAUACACUCACAAUAAUUACGAGGAGACAGUGAAACAUUGUGUGUAUACAUGCAUAUAAAAUAUGCAUUUUGAUUUCUUGAUUUAUUUUAUAUUCCUUUAGAUCCAAUAUUUCGUAAAAAUGUGAGUACAGUACUAAUUCUCUAUUUGCAUAAAGUAUGUAUCGAACUUCUGUCCAUUGUUGCUAGAAGUAUAAACGUUGACUUCUAGAAAGUCAAAUGGGUCACUGUGUGAGAAUGUGUCCAUACCUUUAGGAUGAGCAGAUUUGCAAGGAACGUCUAAGAGGGAGCUAUAAUGCGUGGGAGAGCCAUCCUUGUCCUGCUACCCUACAGACGGCUUCCUAUGUACAGGCCCAGCCACCACAGGAGAGAAGCCCACACCUGGAGGCCCAGCAUCUUCUGGGGAGGGAGACUGGGGGAAAUCCUAGACAGGAUGGUGCAGGGUUGCUACCGCCAGGGGGCAUGCAGCAGGUCACAGUGGAACACUCUGGAGGAGAGAAUAUUAGCAACACAGUGGGUAGGUGUGGUGCAUCGCUCUGCACUGGUACUGAAAUUAUUAAAUUGCAUGGAUGUCAUAUUAUUACACUGUAUCUUAUGUUUGCAUGCUGUGCAGCCACAUUUGGACAGACAUACAUUGGCUUGCGAAAGUAUUCACCCCCCAUGGCAUUUUUCCUAUUUUGUUGCCUUACAACUUUGAAUUAAAAUGGAUUUUUUUGGGGGAUUUAUAUCAGUUGAUUUACACAACAUGCCUACCACUUUGAAGAUGCAAAUUUUUUGGGGGUGAAACAAACAAGAAAUAAGAAAAAAUAACAGAAAACUGGAGCGUGCAUAACUAUUCACUCCCCCAAAGUCAAUACUUUUUAGAACCACCUUUGCAGCAAUUACAGCUGCAAGUCUCUUGGGGUAUGUCUCUAUAAGCUUGGCACAUCUAGCCACUGGGAUUUUUGCCCAUUCUUCAAGGCAAAUCUGCUCCAGCUCCUUCAAGUUGGAUGGGUUCCGCUGGUGUACAGCAAUCUUUAAGUCUUACCACAGAUUCUCAAUUGGAUUGAGAUCUGGGCUUUGACUAGGCCAUUCCAAGACAUGUAAAUGUUUCCCCUUAAACCACUCAAGUGUUGCUUUAGCAGUAUGCUUACGUUCAUUGUCCUGCUGGAAGGUGAACCUCCUUCCCAGUCUCAAAUCUCUGGAAGACUGAAACAGGUUGCUCUGAAGAAUUUCCCUGUAUUUAGCGCCAUCCAUCAUUCCUUCAAUUCUGACAAGUUUCCCAGUCCCUGCCGAUGGAAAAACAUCCCCACAGCAUGAUGCUGCCACCACCAUGCUUCACUGUGGGGAUGGUGUUCUCGGGGUGAUGAGAGGUGUUGGGUUUGCGCCAGACAUAGCAUUUUCCUUGAUCGCCAAAAAGCUCAAUUUUAGUCUCAUAUGACCAGAGUACCUUCUUCCAUAUGUUUGGGGAGUCUCCCACGCCUCCUGUUUGGGGAGGUGAACACCAAACGUGUUUGCUUAUCUCUUUCUUUAAGCAAUGUAUUUUUUCUGGCCACUCUUCCAUAAAGCCCAGCUCUGUGGAGUGUACGGCUUAAAGUGGUCCUAUGGACAGAUACUCCAAUCUCCGCUGUGGAGCUUUGCAGCUCCUUCAGGGUUAUCUUUGGUCUCUUUGUUGCCUCUCUGAUUAAUGCCCAUCUUGCCUGGUCCGUGAGUUUUGGUGGGCGACCCUCUCUUGGCAGGUUUGUAGUGGUGCAAUAUUCUUUCAAUUUUUUUAUAAUGGAUUUAAUGGUGCUCCGUGGGAUGUUCAAAGUUUCUGAUAUGUUUUUAUAACCCAACCCUGAUCUGUACUUCUCCACAACUUUGUCCCUGACCUGUUUGGAGAGCUCCUUGGUCUUCAUGGUGCCGCUUGCUUGGUGGUGUUGCAGACUCUGGGGCCUUUCAGAACAGGUGUAUAUAUACUGAGAUCAUGUGACACUUAGAUUGCACACAGGUGGACUUUAUUUAACUAAUUAUGUGACUUCUGAAGGUAAUUGGUUGCACCAGAUCUUAUUUAGGGGCUUCAUAGCAAAGGGGGUGAAUACACAUGCACAAACCACUUUUCCGUUGUUGUUUUUUUAAACAAGUAAUUUUUUUUCAUUUCUCUUCACCAAUUUUGACUAUUUUUGUAUGUCCAUUACAUGAAAUCCAAAUAAAAAAUCAAUUUAAAUGACAGGUUGUAAUGCAACAAAAUAGGAAAAACGCCAAGGGGGAUGAAUCGUUUUGAAAGUACCAGUUAAAUGUUUGGACACACCUACUCAUUCCAGGGUUUUUCUUUAUUUUUUAAAACUAUUUUCUACAUUGUAGAAUAUUGGGAAGACAUCAAAACUAUGAAAUAACACAUAUGGAAUCAUGUAGUAACCAAAAAAGUCUUAAACAAACUAAAAUAUAUUUUAUAUUUUAGAUACUUCAAAGCAGCCACUCUUUGCCUUGAUGACAGCUUUGCAUACUCUUGGCAUUCUCUCAACCAGCUUCAUGAGGUAGUCACCUGGAAUGCAUUUCAAUUAACAGGUGUGCCUUGUUCAAAGUUAAUUUGUGAAAUGUCUUUCCUUCUUAAUGCGUUUGAGUCAAUCAGUGUUGUGACAAGGUAGGGGUGGUAUACAGAAGAUAGCCCUGUUUGGUAAAAGACCAAGUUCAUAUUAUGGCAAGAACAGCUCAAAUAAGCAAAGAGAAACAACAGUCCAUCAUUACCUUAAGACAUGAAGGUUAGUCAAUGCCGAAAAUGUCAUGAACUUUUAAAGUUUCUUCAAGUGCAGUCGCAAAAACCACACAUCAAGCGCUAUGAUGAAACUGGCUCUGAUGAGGACCGCCACAGGAAAGGAAGACCCAGAGUUACCUCUGCUGCAGAGGAUAAGUUCAUUAGAGUUACCAGCCCCAGAAAUUGCAGCCCAAAUAAAUGCUUCACAGAGUUCAAGUAAAAGACACAUCUCAACAUUAACUGUUCAGACGAUACUGUGUGAAUCAGGCCUUCAUGGUCGAAUUGCUGCAAAGAAACCACUACUAAAGGACAGCAAUAAGAAGAAGAGACUUGCUUGGGCCAAGAAACACGAGCAAUGGACAUUAGACUGGUGGAAAUAUGUCCUUUGGUCUGAUGAGUCCAAAUUUGAGAUUUUUGGUUCCAACCGCUGUGUCUUUGUGAGACGCAGAGUAGGUGAACGGAUGAUGUCCGCAUGUGUGGUUCCCAUCGUGAAGCAUGGAGGAGGAGGUGUGGGGUUGCUUUUCUGGUGACACUGUCUGUGAUUUAUUUAGAAUUCAAGGCACACUUAACCAGCAUGGCUACCACAGCAUUCUGCAGCGAUAUGCCAUUGCAUUUGGUUUGCGCUUAGUGGGACUAUCAUUUGUUUUUCAACAGGACAAUGACCCAAAACACACCUCCAGGCAGUGUAAGGGCUAUUUGACCAAGGAGAGUGAUGGAGUGCUGCAUCAGAUGACCUGGCCUCCACAAUUACCCGACCUCAACCCAAUUAAGAUGGUUUGGGAUGAGUCGUUCCGCAGAGUGAAGGAAAAGCAGCCAACAAGUGCUCAGCAUAUGUGGGAACUCCUUCAAGACUGUUGGAAAAGCAUUCCUCAUGAAGCUGUUUGAGAGAAUGCCAAGAGUGUGCAAAGCUGUGAUCAAGGCAAAGGGUGGCUACUUUGAAGAAUCUCAAAUAUAAAAUAUAUUUAGAUUUGUUUAACACUUUUUUGGUUACUAAAUGAUUCCAUAUGUGUUAUUUCAUAGUUUUGAUGUCUUCACUAUUAUUCUACAAUGUAGAAAAUGGUAAAAAUAAAGAAAAACCCUGGAAUGAGUAGGUGUGUCCAAACUUUUGACUGGUACUGUAUUUCUGCUACCGUGUCCGAGAACUAGGGGCAUAGAGGUCCGGAAAAACUCAGGUCUGGAAAAAUGUUUGUGACUCAAUGUUCUUCGCAAGGAAGUUUGUUUAAUCUCACUUGCGUCCGAGUUCAAAUUUCCCUUUCCAGUUGUUUUGUUUGGCUGCGAGUUGAGACACACUUCUAGUUUUAACUUCCUGUUAAAGUAUACCUGCCAAGACACAGUAGCACCACUGCAGUGCUGCAGUGUAUAAAACAGGGUCAGUGGUUAAUUUAGUGAGGAUACACAGGAAACCACAACCAACACACAGAAAUACAAUCAUGUAUAGACCCUUUUCCAGUACAAGAAACACUGACGUCACAUACAGAUGCGCGCGACUCUUGGCGGCAGUAAGAAAGCCAUCACCAUCUGCGCCCAUUCAACAUAGCCUACAUUUACAUUUGUGUUACUUCAAACAAAAUAACUUUUUUGGGGUUCUCAUACCCUUCAAAUUAUGUUUGGAUUCUUGCAUGAACAGUCGCUAAGAUUAUAUUUGGUUGUGAUCUUUGCAAUAUAACUAUUUUGGAUGCAGCAGUUUUUAGCUAGAAUGCUAACGCUCAUUGAUAUAGGCUGUAGCAAAAGCUAGCCAAAGAGCCAUUUUAGUGGUUGAAGUUAAGUAUAAUGCAGUUGAUUUGCGAUGAUGACACAACAUUAUAUUAAGCAGGAUAUUCAUAAGAGCCUUAAAAUCCAAUUAUAAUCCAAAAGUAGUGUGAAUUGCACUAAUAAACAAUAUGUACAUGAAGCCUUUUUUUUGCUGGCAUUCUAUAACUCCCCCUUGUUCUGCCACCAACCUGCGCGCAUUGCUCUCGUGCAGCAAUGUUUGUAAACACAGAAAUGGGUCUAUAUGCUGCUGAGUAAGGCCAGCUUUUCACUUCCUCUCUGUACAUUUAUUACAUUACUAAUUCCACCAGGUUUUAUAUCAGUAUUUACUGUGCAUAAUAGAUAGGAAUUUGUGUGUCACCUGUUUCAAUAGUUUAAUCUAAUAAUGUUUGUGCUUGUUGGUGUUUGAUUCAGGGUCCAUAUACAUCUACUCUCCGGGGACGGUUGUCCUGGGAUACAACAAGUCAGAGAGGAAGGUGGAUCAAGUGGAGAGUGGAGUAAAGGGCUGUCCCCUCACCAGCACACCCCAGCAGGAGUCCUCCUGCCCCCUCCCUGGAGGCCACGCUCUGGGGCCAGAGAGAAUGAAUAUACAGGAGGAGACUUGCAAAGAGCUGAGCUACCCCAUCCCAGCCACCAGCAAUUGA